AUGGCACGCAACCCCUCACUCACGAACGCGUCCGCGACCGCGCAGGACUUUACCCUUGACAAUGUACUUACCGGCACGCCGAACAAACCCAUCCACACCGCCGUCGACCACGCACACGUGCACGCCGCGAUGGAGGGCUUCUACGCGGUCAUCUUCGCGUACGGGCCGACCGCGUCCGGCAAGACCUUCACGCUCACCGGUGGCCCCACCGACCCGACGACGGGCAUACAAGAGGAGCCAGGCAUCAUUCCGCGCUCGAUGCGCGAUAUAUUCGGCUUCAUCAAGCGCAACCCACAGCGAGAGUACCUCCUGCGUUGCUCCUACCAAGAGAUCUACAACGAGACCGUCGUAUAUCUCCUCGCGCCACCCUCCACCUCAGGCACGUACUUUCCCUGCCCCCUGACCGUGAAAACGUCGCUAACGUACUGCCCGCAGGCGGCAACGUCGUCCAAAUCCAAGGCGCCAACGCAAACGACAUCACUCUCACGCCCCUCCGCGAAGAAGUCAUUACCUCCCUCAAGUCCGUCACUGACGUCCUCAAGCGCGGCGAGGCGAACCGGUGCACGGCGUCCACCGACUGGAACGAGCGCUCCUCGCGCUGGCACGGUGUUCCGCGUCGUGAUUGAGAGCAGGGAGCGCGCGGAGGAUGUGGAUAGGGAGAGUGGGAGGCGGACGCCGGGGAUGGGCGGAAGGAGGACGCCGGGGCCGAGGCUGCAGGCGAUUGGGGGGAGGAGUGUGAACACGUCGGUGCUGGCCACGAGCGACAAGGAGCGCACGCGGGAGGGGAAGUACAUCAACACUAGCUUGCUCACCCUUGGAUCCGUCAUCGGCACGCUCGCGGAGAACACGGCAAAGAACAAGCAAUGUGGGGGCUGUGGGCGAGAGGUGCGUGUGGCUCGGUGGCUUGCCGACGCGCCGGUGCUGGUGUCGGUCUACAGCCUGAGUACGCUGGGCUUUGCGCGGAGGGUGAAGGGGGUCAAGCUGCAUGCUCAGAAGAAGGAAGUUGUCGACACCGACGCGCUCAUCGAGAAGUACCAGAAGGAGAUCGCGGAGCUUAAAGAGUGCUUCGUCCUUCCCACGCGCCUCGCAGAGCGCGAGCGCGAUGCCCCCGUGAGGAACCGACGACUGGGCGCGCGCGAGCAAAUUGACGAGUACAAGGCCAUGCGCGACCUCAACAACCGCAUCCAGCAAUUCACCAAGCUCAUCCUCACGAGCAACACUGUCGAGUCGAGGCCGGCGAGCCUUAUAAAGGUUGACUUUGACAUGUCUCCGUAUCAGUUGCAACAAGAAUUGCUCGCCGCACGGCACCAACUAGAGUCGCAGCAAGCGCAGAUCCUGUCGCUCGAAACGGCGCUCACGUCCCGACCACCACUCCCCGCCGACGCGCCCGAUGAUGAGAAGGACAAGCUGAUACUGAAGCUGACGAACGAGGACCGCGAGCUCAAUAUCGUCGUGAAGGGGUACGAGAAAAACCUCGGCGAGCCACUGCGUGCCGUCCGCGAGGACGUCGAGCGCGAGUGGCAGGGCAAGCUCGACAUGGAGCUUCAGCGGCGACUCGAUGUUGAGCGCUGGUCCGAAGAGCUCGUCCGUCAGCUUGACCGCGAGCGUAAGACGCGCCAAGCGCUCGAGAGCCCGCGCGAGGCCCUCGCCAGCUUCGUCAGCCUCUUCGACUCGUCGAAGCUCGGCUCGUUGGGUGUGUCGAAAGGCAUGACCGGCCUCCCCACCCUCAGUCGCUUCAGCUCCGGUCGCCGCCUUUCCGCCGUUGGCGAGGGUCGCGAAGAAGAACUCUGGCAGGUGAAGGACGGCGAGGUCAAGUACGUCGCGGACGCCUCUCGUGCGACCUCGCGCGCCGCUACCUCGCGCCCGUUUUCCCGUGCCGCGGGCUCGUCCUCGAAGGAUACUAUCGAUGCGUCGCCUGUGCGCAUGCCGGAUAUCGGCGGGAAGCCAAAUCUGCUCGAGGAGGAUUGGAGCAUGAUGAGCAGCGAUACGAGUUUCGACAUGCAGGCUGAGCCGGCGAAGGGCGAGGCGAAGAAGGAGGAUACGACGAAGGGGAAGCGUAUCCUCGGGGAGCUGCGCGACGUCUUCGGGGGCAAAGAGAACCUGCCGUCGAAGAAUGGGUCGUCGGCAUAG